UAAACAAAAAGGAAGGAAGCCUUCGGCCACACUAUCGCGGCAAAAUUGGUUCAAAUAUUUAGCUCGUAAGCUACUGGUUAGCAACUACAUGUAUCCUAUUGUUGUUUAGGUAGCUAACGCCAGGUUUUUUUACAAUCAUGGACGACGCGGUAGUUUUUCGUAUGAGUGCGUUUUCCGAGCAAGGAGGGAGGAAAUACAUGGAGGAUGUUCUCGAGAUAAAAAUCGAGUACGAGCCGACGCCGUCACCAAUGGAAGAUUAUCUAAAUUCGCAGAGACAUGGAGCAGGGGAGGGAAGAGCGGAGAGUGAACCCAGCAAACAGACUGCAGAUGACACACUCAGUCGCAGCCCCGAAGCUGUUCCAGUUUCUGCAAUGUGGGUAGAAAGUCUGUCGGAUGGGAACAGUGAGAACAACAGUAACGUUACGUCUGCAUCAAACGAAAAAGUCGCAGAGCACAUAGUCGACACCCGGAGGUCUGUAGCGUUUUUUGCUGUGUUUGACGGCCACGGGGGUCGAGAAGCAGCACAUUUCGCCAGAGAUCAUCUGUGGGAUUUGUUGAAAAGGCAAAGGGGGUUUUGGUCGAAGGAUCACAGUGAAGUGUGUGCCGCGCUUCGCAAAGGCUUUAUUGCCUGCCACCACGCAAUGUGGAAAAAGCUACCUGAGUGGCCAAAGACUCUCACCGGCCUGCCCAGUACAUCAGGCACCACAGCCAGCGUGAUUGUGAUCCGGGGUAAUCACAUGUAUGUUGCCCAUGUAGGAGAUUCAGCAGUGGUGAUUGGGGUGAAAGACAAUGACUCUGAUAUCACCCUGCGCGCACUUGAAAUCACACAAGACCACAAACCUGAACUUCCUAAAGAAAAAGAGAGGAUCGAGCGGCUGGGUGGCAGUGUAAUGAAGAAGUCUGGGGUGAACCGUGUUGUUUGGAAGAGACCCAGACUGACCCACAAUGGCCCUGUACGGAGGAGCACUGUCAUCGACCAGAUCCCCUUCCUGGCUGUAGCCCGAGCCCUAGGUGAUCUCUGGAGCUAUGAUUUCUACAGUGGGGAGUUUGUGGUUUCCCCAGAGCCUGAUACCACUGUGGUGACCCUUGACCCCAAGCGGCAUCGCUACAUCAUCCUCGGCAGUGACGGACUGUGGAACAUGAUGCCACCCAAGGAUGCUGUCAAUAUGUGUUACAGCCAUGACAAAAUGGUGGGACCAAAGGGAAUGUCCUGUGCCACUCGGUUGGGAUGCACAGCCCUUUUGUUUUGGAAAGAGCGCAUGCUUCGCGCAGACAACACAACAGUUAUUGUCCUGGCCCUGCAGGAGCGUGGGGGGCUGCCUAUUCCUAUGCAUCGAGAUGAGAUUGUUGUUGACAUGGCAAUGGGAAUUGAUCAUGUUCCCUACCCAGGAACGCCUUACAACACAUGUAAGGUUGUAAAGGCGGAGGAGGAGGAUGGCAUGUUUUAUGAAGAAGAUGAGAUAUAUGAAGAAGAACAUGAGGAGUGGACAUGCCUGGAGUGGUAGUGAGGUGAGCCGCACAGUGAACACUCCCUCCCUCUUCAGUGAAUGCCCCGCAAAUCUCGAGCAGAAAACUGGGUUGUGUGGAGCUGCUUUCUGUGCCACCUCAUACCUGCCGCCUGACGCUCUGCGGGGAACUCCACCCCCCUCAGACGAUCCCGUGAACGUUUUUGAAAAUGAAGAUCCAAGGACUCCAGUGCCCUCUGCCACAUCUUCUCCUCCGUUAAAGAGGCCUCGCCGUUCUCCGCACAGUUCCACCAAACCCAGAACUCCUCACUGUCGUCUCACCCGGUCCCCUAACAAAAGUUCGCCACCCAGGACGCCUCAUAGCAGAGCACACAAUGAACAAACAUGCCAGAGGCGUGCUCAAAAGAGACAGAAAAGCUCCUCUGAUGUCCGCAAUAUCUUACCCCAGCACCACAACGCUGCCUUGUGUGUGUGCUAAAUCUUGUCCUGCAGAAAGAGCGCAAUCGCCACGAGGCUCAGACGAUGAUCUGCAUCCGUUUGCCGAAAAAUGCAUCUUGUCAACCUUCCUGUACCAGGUGUGCCGCAGGUCUAUUCAUAGAUUAUGUAUACUUUUAUAGAAAGUCUUUUUUAUGUAAAUAUAUGAGAAUGUAAAUGUGUUGUCAUCUGGGCCAUUAUUAUUAUUAUUAUUUUUAAUUCUUUUAACAUGAAUUCAUUUUAAUGAUUGGUAAUUUUUGCCACUUGACCCCCUCUUUAAAUGUUAGUUUUUGGGGAAAAAUAUGUAAGAUUUUAGAAAUAAUGAAUCUACGCAAUCUAUUUUCAUACCUAUAAGUAUGUACAGUAUAUCCAAAUGACUUAUUUUCAAGAUCUGAAAUUAGUACAAUCUGAGAUCACUUCAGGUCUCGCGUGAGUUCAGAGAUGUGACGCACGCUAUCUUCCAGUUUAGAUCUUCACAGAAUACAUAAAUUUUCUUUCUUUCUUUCUUUCUUUUUUUUUGGGGGGGGGGGACAUGUGCUGAUCCAAUAACUUAUCAGUCUUUCUCAGAGACUGUAUUAUGGUACAAUUGAAAUAAGGGAUGCACUGGUGGUGAGUGGUGUUUUCAUCUGGUCAUGGAUAUUGUUUUUCAAGCUCCUAAGCUGCAUACUCGGAUGCAACAGAAACCCAUGGUAGUGACUAUACAACCCAAAAUGGUCCACAAAUGCCAAAUAGUGUUACAUGGCAAGCAAUGGUCUGAAGUUUGAAUGGCAUGUUAAGAAUGCUGGUAUUAAUUGAGUCAUAUUUGUUUUUUGUCUGUUUUUCCUAAUGUCCAAUUACGUACUGUCAUUUUCAUCUCAGUUGGUACUGCUCAGCUGAUUCGUACAAUUACAUUGUACGAAUGGGGGCUAACUUUGUAAUCCUGACUUGCAUGACCUCAACCCCACUGAAAAUGUCUGAGGGCAUUUGAAAAAGGAUAAGGCUACUCAUAUUACAACAUACUGGCAUCAUGCAGAUUCUUGAAUUCUGAAAAAUUGAGACUUUGAUAAAUGAUGAUACUAAAGUUUUCUUGGUAGUGAACUCAGACUUGUGGACCCCACUGUAUAUCUGGUAUAUUAUGUUGCCAAGAGAUGGUAAUGGCUCUUUCCUUGUCAUUUGCUGAGCCAUGAUCUUGCUACCAUUUCAGGCGUUUUGUUCAUUAACUGCCCAAUUUGGAUGUUUCUUUGUCCAAACCUUUGGCCUUCUAAAAGCAUUUGUUUUUUUUAUGGUAGAAACACAAGUACAAGAUUUUUUAAAUAACAUUUGACAAAAGCCUGAAAUGUCCCUGAUCAUAAAAGCCUAGAUCAGUACCUGUGCCUCAAUGAGAAGUGGUCUAAAUGUCUUUGUCCUUGGUUUACAUUUGUAUUGCAUUCAGUUCAUUAUAAUGGGCUUUCACUGGGAGUCAGCACAAUUUAAAUGUCUUCCUCUAGUUCUCACAGUCUCACAACACUGUAUACUGUUUAUAUCCAUAAUUCUUCUUCACAACCUCACAUGAACACUGGAGGGUACUCAUGGCAUGUAAGUGCCAAAACCAUAGCACAUUAUAAAUUGUAAUGAAAUUCCCGUGUGAGCGAGCAACAUUUUGCUUUCUGUUGAUAUGGCAGCCCAGUUUAUUGUUACAGUUGAUUCUUUUUUGUCAUUUUGCACAUUAGGCAAGUCUUUGUUGCCAUAGCAGAAACAAGUAAAGGUGCUAUUCACAUUUUGUGAUUGGAGACCCAAACGGAUGAGAAAGCAUCACGAUAUGCCCCUGUAAGAAUAGCUGCAGCCCACUGUCAACCAUGAAUCAUGCGCCUUCAUUUCUACAGCACCAUCAUAGUGCUUUACAUACACCAGUAUCAUUGUUCCAUUGACACUGCUGAGUAUUAACCCUGGUCCAUGUGGUAAAUGUUUUCCAAUUAUUUCAAAGGGCAGUUUGUUGAUUUUGUACAGUACAUCAUUAUGCAAUAGUAAGUCUGUGCAGUACAUUAUUAUGCAAAACAGUAAUUGAUUUUUUAUUGAGUCUGGCAUGCUCAGAUCUACUCUGUAUGUUGUAAAUUGUCCAGAGGUGAUAGAUGUUAAUGGACAUAUGUGUUGUUUUGACAAUUACGUCACAGUUUCUGGCUUUACAUCCACUACACCCAGUUUUCAGGAUUAACUGUAUUAGCUACAUGCCUUGAAAGUGACUGGAUAUCUGUGUGUGUUGUAUUAAAGUUUCCAUUUUCCAAUU